AUGUCGUCAAAUUCCAGCCUUUCUCGAAAACCAUCGCAGCGAUUAGUCUCUGCAGUACGCUCCAUCAAGCGGAAAGUUCGUAACAUUAAAGGCCGGCCCGCAGAUGACAAUUUUUUGGGCAUCGAACCUUUUCUGUCAGAAAACAUUUUGGAUAUUAAUUUUAACGGGAACUCUAGAGGUAACCAUGCUCAAGGAUGCUGGCCGAAGCGCGCUGCAAUGUUGUUCGAAUUCGAGGUUCUACCAGGAUUUUAUCGCACAGCCCCAAACUCAAGCUCCCAUCCAGACACAAAAGAUCAAGAAUACAAUGCUCCUUGUGCAACGACUUCCAAGUCCACAGCAUUUGUCGAUGAUAACUUUCGCGAUAAUCCACGGGAGCACGACGAGGAAUGUAUUCAUGUUCGCCAGAUACCACCACCGCUACCUCGGUGCCCACUGUCCACCUCCUCUCCGGCACAACUGGGCAGUAAUAAUAAACUUGAACAACCACUGCCGAGACUUUUUUGUCCACCGCCGCGAUGCGAAGAACCCGAUCCUUCGUUUGCGCCGGGCGCCUUCUCGGCCUUCCGCUCGAGUGGGAAUUUGUCUGCGUCACAGGAAAAAUGCAUUGAAUUUGACCUCGCUUCCAGAAUGUCAAUUCGACUCUCGGUCUCAGUCAUCGAAUCCUCCUUCGAUCACGCGAGUCGUUCAUCACGCUAUUCAGAAUCUUCAGAACCAGAGUACUAUGCGAAGUGUCUUUCUUCCAGGCUUGACGCAUUACGUUUUGAUGAGCCUCUAGACUUCAUCCACCGGAGAAGCAAUGACGACAAAGGCAAGUCCAAACAACGGAGGUCUUCAUUUGGAGUAGCCCGCAUCAUCAUUUCUACUCCGAACACCAUACAGAUGUCGCAGCUGUCUCCAUCAUUCAAAACGUGGCUUGGUGAAUUUAUUGAAAGUCACUUAUCUGAAGACGCGUCGCUCGAACGACUAGCAGAUAGCUUUGACCCCGUGAUUAUGGAGGACGCUGAGGAUGAGAGUACGCAGAAGCCUGACUCGCCUAGUGUUUACGAUACGAGCCACUUGGAAGAUUGCGAAGAGGUGGAUCCAGAAACAAUCCAGGAAACAGAAGCCAAACCACCGACUCAUGAGAAGCCUUUUGAAGUCUUGUAA